AUCAUUUAAAAUUGUAUUUUCUCAUUAUUAUAUUUUUUUAUAAAAAAAUCUAACAUACGGGCACCUGGAAAAUUAUUUGCCCGGAUAGAAUAACCACCGGUUACUUAUUUGCAGCGUCUUUAUCAUGAGAAAGUGAACGUGGGAAUUUGUUAAAAUGAAUCAGAAAUCGGUGAAUUAAAGUUAGGUUAUGUAGCGUUUUGUUUUUGUGCUUGCAAAAUAGAAAAUAAACUGUAAUUUGCCGGUAUUUAUUGUACCAGAAAAACACUAAACGAACCGUACACAAUGAAAAGAAAACGCAAGGAUACCUGCCCCUCGCCUAUCCUGGACGAGAGCCCUAAAAGAACAAAGGUUCAAGCUCAGAGGAAGUUUGCCCAAAAUUCCGGAGUGCAUAGCCCCGUAAUAACACCAAUCAGAGAUUUAGAACCAGCUGAUCUAAUACCACAUACAAAUGUUAUGCCUCUGCCAAUGAAACGGCCUAACACAGAAGACUUUCUAACGUUUCUCUGUUUUCGGGGCACUCCAAUUCUGCCGCCUAACUUGCAAUUCUUCAAUACAGCAUCGAUAGUAACAGAUGGGCAAGUGCACGAGAUCAAGGGUGAUUCUCCUAAGAAUGGUCCCAUUGAUAUUGCGAAAUGUGCCGCUGGAUCUUCGGAAAAACCAUUUAUAGCUUUUGGAGUUAGGAAGAGGGCAGAUCCGAUUGUUAUAAGUAGGCAAAUGGAGAGAAAAAGGAGGCAUGCUCUAGCAUUACAGGCACUUCGAAGAAAAUACCAAGAACAAAAAAUGGCCAAAAUACGUGCACUGACGAUCAGUAAAUUAAGCGAAAAAACAACAAACAAAACCUUAGUAAAAACAAACACCAUCCAGAAAACCGAAACAGUAACAAAGAAAACGAAUACACUACAAAAAACUAAAGUUAUAGCAACCAAACAUGUGAAAGUAACAACCCAAACUUUGAAGACCUCUUUGAAGCCGAAAGUCAAACCCAAAAUGUGUUUGAGAAGCUUCAGAGGUAAAUUUGUUCAGAAAGAACUGCCUUUCAAGGCCAAAAGAAAUAUUUUGGUAAAGGAAACAACCAAAAAACCAAACGUUGCGUUUAAAAAGGUCCCUGAAACACCAAAAUCCAGCAAAACUGUAACAACCAGUAAGGAAAGAGUUAAACCAGAAACAAACAAAGUGAAACAAGCGAAACAGCCACAAGCCAAGGCUAAAUUAAAACAAGAGGUGCGCUCAAACGCUCGUAUAACUCGUUCAGGACUAACUACUGUUAUUAGGAGCCCUAAAAUAGCGUCUACAAUGCAGAGGCCUCAAGUUAAAAGAAGAAUUCUGAUUCCCAGCAACACUGUUACCGUUGUAAAACCAAAACUGCGUUCCACAACUCUUAAAAAGACUAUCGUUUCACGUAAGAAAGCUCAACAAAGGAUGCGAGCAAUAAUUUUAAAGAACAAGUCAGAAAAAAUUGGGAAAUCUUCCCCAGAAGCCGCACCAAGCACGUCAAAUACACAGAAAGCCACUCCAGAAGCGAAGAAGUCUGAAAAAGAAACUGGUGGUAAACGAGGAUCAGAUUCGGGUAGAAGAUCAGGAAAUAAUGAUGAAUCGAAAAAGACGCCUGUAUCAGAAGUACCUAAAAGAGUUACGAGGAAGGAUUCUGAGUCUGCUAUUAAAGUUGUUCAAGAAAAAGUUGUGGAAAGCAAGAAGGAGGUGACUAAGAACGUAGAAAUGAAGAAAGAAGUGAAAAUAGCUGAAACAAGAAAUAAAAAAGAGGUUAAGAAGAACGUAAGUGUGAAGAAAGAAAUUAACUUAAAGACCAACACUAGAGAAGUGAAGAAAAACGUAGACCUAAAGAAAACCAUCGAUUCUGUUGUUGAGAAGAACGAGGAUGGCCAGAGGGUGAAAAAAGAUGUCAAAACGGUUGAAGUAACUGUCAAGAAAGUUGUUAGAAAAAGCGAAGAUAGACCGGCAAAUACAAAAAGUAGUGGAUCUAAAGAUAAAGGUCCUGAAAUAAAACGGUUCAAGCCCAGUACGGAAGCAGUUCCAACUGAAAUCGUUGAGAAACCACCUAAUCCUGCUCCAAAAAUCAAAGCUACAAGUUCAAGUGAUAAACCACCCUGUGUAGGUGAUGAGGAAGUUUUAAAACCUCCUCAGGCUGAUAAGAAUAAGAAAAAAAUCCCGCCGAAAGAAGAGCAAGUAAAGAAAGAGCUACAAGUUAAGAAGGACGAACCUCCUAAAAGGAAACCACCUUCUAAACGUGAAGAUCCCGAACAAAAAUCUUCUGCAAGGCCGAGUAGAAAAACCAAAGAAGCUGCAGCUAUUUACAUGGAGUUAUUAAGCCAUAAACUGGUAAACGAAAGUCAAAUUGAUGAUGAUAACGUUUCUAUAGACAGUUUUCCUGAAUUGCCUAACGUCAAAAGAACAGAACAGCGGGAAAUUGAACUUAAAGCUCAGGCAAAGAGUACCAAAGACGAUGUUGAAAAAGAAUCUCCCGAAAAUGCACCAGUUGAAGAGAAGAAAGUUGUUAAAAAGGCUGUGAAAGUUAAAAAGGAAGAAAAAGUUGAUGAGGUUAAAGUUAUAAACGAAGAAGAUAUUUUGAAGAAACCUACUGAAGAGAAUACGAUGCCUAGUAUUAAUACCGAAAUCAAAAUAGAGAAUACACCUGUCAGUAUUGUUACAGAAACUCCUCAAAACAUUGUGACCAAAAGUACGUCUAAUCCUGAUUCAGAAUUACCUGAGACAAAACAACAAUCAGAAAAGAUUAAGAAACCGGAACAAACUAAAAUAGCUAUAGACAAGAAAAUCGAGCCAAAACCAAAAGAACCCAUAGAAGAACCGACAGCUCCUAAACGUCAAACUAGAUUAUCCGCUCAAACAGGCAAGCAUUCUGAAACUGACUCAUCCGAUGAGUCUUUUCACGCAGACGUCAGAAUUCCUCGCAAGAAAAAACUGACCAGAAGCGCAGCAAAACCCGUCAUGAACGUGUUAGAAACUAACGUUGAUAUCAUUUUAGAAGCUGCACGGGUUCUUGAAGCUGAAAAAUCUGUCUUAGUCGAAAAAGAAAAGAUUGUUGAAGUAAUUGCGGAAAAAGAAAGCGAUUCAGAUGAAUCCACUACAUCAGACAUCAAUUUAAAAAGUCUUCAAACUAAGCAGAGGAACAAGAAACUGUCUAAAACUAAGAGCUCGAAAGGUUCUCAGAAAUCCAAGCAAAGUUUCAGCGAUUCGGACGAAGAACCUUUGUCAAAGUUAACUUCGAAGAAAACUGAAAAACCUAAACCAACAAUGAGUAGGAAAACAGCAGAUAAAAGCUUGGCUGAAGUAACUUUGGUUAAUGAACCCAAACCCAAGCGAGAAUGCACCAAGAGACCCUCAAAUUACCUUCCUAUGUUAUCCAGCAGUGAAGAAGACGCAGAACCUUACUUCCUUGGAUUUGACACUUCCAAAGAGGAUUUGAAGAAGUCGAAAACUUUUGUGCAGUCUCUGGUUCCUUCUUUAGACCUUCUUAAUAAAGAUAUAGGUAGAAAAGGUAAGGUGAAUAUGUCCAACGAGCAGAUAGAACAGUGGUUGAAAGAUUCUGCAAUGGCUGGAAGCGUGGUGGCGAAGGAAAAUGACGCUAUGCCUAAGUUCGGGGAAAUACCCGAAACCAAACCCGUCGAACCUCCUGAGUCUUUCAAACCUAAACCUGUAACUAGUCCAGAAGAAAAACCAAAAAGCGAACUUCUUAAGUCUCCUUUGGGUGACAGAAAGUGGAUUUUUAAGAAAGACAAGAAGGAUUCUACCCCGAACAAGAACGCGUUUUCCCCUGACAACGAAUGUAGUGUCUAUGCUUUCGGUGAAGAAAACGAAGACGUUAUUUGUACGCCCUUCAGGAGACCUUCACGCAGACCUUCUAGUACUGCCACCUCUAAAUCCGAAGACGAACUAUCGAAGAACGACGAUACGCCUAAACAAAGUCCGUUUCGUAAGCCUUCGGAGUCUGAAGAUGCCAGAUGCUUUAAUAUACCUCUGAAUCCCACAAAGCCUAGUAAGGUGGUUAAGAGUGAACCUAUGGUUCCCCCAUCGACGAGUUUUCACGGUAAAAGAAGCAGUAAGCCGUUGUUUGAGAGGGUUCCUGAACCUUUUGACGAUGGGAAGUAUAAGAUUCCGAGUUCGCCCAGUGCGAGUAGCGGAAGCAGUGCCAAGUUGUAUAAGAAGCCGAACCAGAAGCAGAAGGGGAGGGGUUUUGAGACGAUUACGCCUGUCUAUGUGUCGGAUUUCCCAAAACCCACUGAUCCAGCGAAGUUUGUAGAGGCACCGGUGUUUCAUCCUACAGAACAAGAGUUUCAAGAUCCAUUGGAAUACAUAGAACGCAUUAGGCACAAAGCUGAACAGUUUGGAAUUUGCAAAAUCGUACCGCCAACUUCUUUCAAACCUGAAUGCAAAGUAUCUGACGAUAUGAGAUUCACUGCUUACAAUCAGUACGUUCACAAAAUGCUACACAGAUGGGGUCCCAAUUUCAAGGAGUUUAUAGCUAUUAGGAAAUAUCUAGCGACUCAGAACAUCACAUUGAAAACACCACCAUGGAUUGGAGGUAUGGAAGUCGAUCUGCCUAGAUUAUACCAAACUGUACAAAGUUUGGGAGGUCUAAAAGAAGUUAUUGAGAAGAAAAAAUGGCCCAAGGUGUCGGAUAACAUGAAAAUUCCCAAAUCUGCGCAAGAUAGAGUGACUAAGCUGGACGAUAUUUAUUGCAAAUAUCUUUUACCCUAUGAUACGCUAUCACCAGCUGAAAGAGAAAAACUCUUUGAUGAAGUGGAAACUUACUGGGCUAAAAGAGAAUCAAAAAAUCUUCAGAUGAAAACUGAUCAGAAACCUGAAGAAAUGUCUGACGGAGAAGACGAUUAUUCUGAUGAUAAUGAAGCGGAGGAAUGUACGAUUAAAGGAAAAAAUAUGGCGCUAAAUGCAUUCUACAGGAUCGCUAGGAACACCAUGUCAAUGUACUUCAAGGUUGCCGAACCUUCCGCUCAAGAGGUGGAGCAAGAAUUCUGGCGUUAUGUAACUCAAAAACAGAACCACAUCUGCGUCCAUUCGGCGUCCAUCGAUUGCGGAAAUUGGGGCUACGGAUUUCCGGUAUCCAAGAACAGUCCUUUCGCCAGACAUCCCUGGAAUCUCAAGGUUCUUACAAAUAAUAACGGUUCCGUUUUGAGAUCCUUGGGUCCAGUUAUGGGUGUAACCGUACCCACCCUCCAUGUGGGCAUGGUGUUCAGCACGUGCUGUUGGUACCGCGACCCGCACGGCCUGCCCUGGGUCGAGUACCUGCACACAGGCGGUGCCAAAAUCUGGUACGGCAUACCGAGUUCGGCGUGCGAGGUGUUCCACGCGGCCAUGCAGAAACUGGUGCCGAAUUAUUGCCGGGACAAGGAACUGUGGUUGCCGUCGGACACGGCGAUGGUACCGCCUGGAUUGUUGAUGGAGCAUAACGUGUCAUUGUGCAGAACCAUUCAAGAACCCGGUCAAUUCCUAGUCGUUUUCCCCAAAGUUUUUACCUCCAGCAUCAGUACGGGCUACGUCGUCUCCGAGAGUGUCUACUUUGCACCGCUCUACUGGCUCAGAACCGCCCGAAAUCUGUUCAAUGAUCUGAAGACAAGCUGCGAGCCAUCUAUGUUCUCUUUGGAUAAACUACUGAUCAGCAUAGCCAACGAUUCUCGAUCGAGUGUCGAUGCCUUAAGGGUUAUUUUGCCCUUUAUUGAAGAACUGAGUGCCAAUGAAAAAGAGUACAGAUCGAAACUAAGGAGUUUCGGUAAAAUUGAGGAAGAGAAAAUUACUCCCGAAACGACAACCAAAAAGAAAAAGAUGCACAACGUCGAGGGGGAUUUUGAAUGCGAAGUGUGUCGCAUCAAUUUGCAUGUUUCUAUGGUUAUCGAUACACAAGACGAUCUGAUCUAUUGUUUAGAAGAUGCCGUCAAUCUAGUCGCUAAAAACACCAAAAUGGUGGAAAAACUUAAGCUAAAAUAUACGUUAGACGAGAACGAAUUAGGCCAAAUACCUGGCAAAAUUACCGCAUUAAUAGAAACUAAGCUACAGAAGAAAGUGCCCAGCAAAUAUGCUGGCAUGCCUACCAUGUUAAAAUAAACCAUCAAAAAUCAAACACCAGUUUAGAUCAAAACAUUCUAAGAGUCUACCCUACGUUAUUUAUUUUUUAGUUGUUAUUUUACGGUAGGGAUUAGGGAUAAAUAAAUACAAGUAAGCAAACCA